UUGUACUCCCGCGGUGAGUGUUGUGUGUACGGUAGAGCACGGGCCUCGCCACCCGCCACCGCCGCUAAAUAAGAGUAGGCUAAGCUGUCGCCGAUUGAUAACGCGCUGAAAUAGGUGUGCUAGCUGGGUGUGUGCUGUCCGAGAUGAUCCUGCUGGAGAUCAACAAUCGCGUCGUGGAGGAGACGCUCACCGUCAAGAUCAAGAACUCGCUGGCCGGGGUGAAAAACGACUCGAUCGACGUGACUGUGGCCGACUUCGACGGAGGCCUCUAUCGUAUUUCGAAUGUGAACAACGACAAGACGAAGAUUCGGAUUAGUAUCAGUCUUAAGUUCUACAAAGAACUGCAGGAACACGGCGCCGACGAGUUGCUGAAGCGCGAAUACGGUUCACUGCUAACCGCACCCGAAGACGGCUACAACGUCACAUUGCUGGUCGAUUUGGAGAAUAUCGGCGACAAUUGGCAGGAAACUGUCCGGAAGAUCGGCCUCCUCAAGCGCAACUGCUUCGCAUCCGUCUUCGAGAAGUAUUUCGAUUUUCAGGAGGCAGGAGACGAUGGACAGAAGCGCGCGGUUAUUCAUUAUCGCUGCGAUGAGACACUAUAUGUGGAGGCGAAAGCUGAUAGGGUGACUGUCGUCUUCUCGACGCGGUUUCGCGACGAAGAUGACGUGAUUAUCGGCAAGGUGUUCAUGCAGGAAUUAAAGGAAGGUCUGCGCGCUUCGCAUACAGCGCCACCUGUGCUCUUCAGCCAUCGAGAACCGCCACGUGAGCUUGCCAACACCGACGCUGUCGUGGACAACAAUGUCGGCUAUGUAACAUUCGUACUAUUUCCACGGCAUACGGCGCGCAACACGCGCGAUAACACCAUCAAUUUGAUUCACAUGUUCCGUCACUACUUGCACUAUCAUAUUAAGUGCUCUAAGUCGUACAUUCAUAGUCGGAUGCGGGCCAAGACCUCCGAGUUCCUGAAAGUGCUGAACCGCGCACGCCCAGAGAACAAAUCAACUGACAAGAAGACUAUAACGUGAGUUUCUUGUUUUCAAAUUCAAGAUGGAGACGUUUAUGUUUGAUUUUUACCUUUCAGAGGAGAACAUUCGUCCGACGAGAUUGAUCCAUGUAAUCGGCGACGUUUUUCGCCGCACACAACUUGCAAGCAACAUUGCGCUCUCAUCUAUCGCGCCUUCACUAAACUAUUUAAAGAAGAAAAAGAAAUAACAUUCAAAUCAAUUAGGUUACUAUGUACUAUUUAACUAAUUUCCAGCGCUAUGUUUUUUUCUAAUUGUAUUAAGCGGCACCCAUCUUGUUUCUAUUUUAUUCCUUCAACGAUUUUCUACAAUUUACAUUUUACAUGUACAUAGAGCUGCGGUUUGACACCAAAAAUAACGAUAAACAAUCACGAGACCGAAUUUUAUUAUUAAUAAUUGUACGAGUAUGAGUAUUAAUUUUAGUGUAUUAUUGUGCUGCAAAGAGUCAAUCAUGAUCGCAUGCAAUUCCUUUAAAACUAAUUUGUAAAUAAUGAGUGCUUCCUCUUAUAAUUAUCGUAUUGAUGCUAUAAUUCACCCGGAAUGUAAUUUUCUACUGUUGAUAAUUUUACCUAACCUAGGACACGUACACGCUAGGAAUGCGCAUUUGUGAAGAAACCAUCUAGAAAUGGAACGCGAUGGUUUCUACUUACUGAUAGUUGUGAUGAAUAAAAUUGUUUGAAAAAUGA